GGCGGCGGGCGGCGGGCGGCGGCGGGGCGCGGGGACAAUACCGGGGCGGCGCGGCCCGGCCCGGUUCGGCGCGGAUCGGCUCGGUUCGACCCGGAUCGGAUCCGUUCUGCCCGGAUCGGUUCAGCCCGGCCCGGCUCAGCCCGGUUCAGCCCGGCCCGGCUCGGCUCGGCUCGGCUCGGUUCGGUUCGUCCCGGCUCGUCCCGGUACGGCCCGGCACCAUGCUGGCCCUCUUCAACAAGCUGCUGGACUGGUUCCGGGCGCUCUUCUGGAAGGAGGAGAUGGAGCUGACCCUGGUGGGGCUGCAGUACUCGGGCAAGACCACCUUCGUCAACGUCAUCGCGUCAGGCCAGUUCAACGAAGACAUGAUCCCGACCGUGGGCUUCAACAUGAGGAAGAUCACCAAGGGCAACGUUACCAUAAAGCUCUGGGACAUCGGCGGCCAGCCCCGCUUCCGCAGCAUGUGGGAGCGGUACUGCCGUGGAGUGAGUGCCAUCGUGUACAUGGUGGAUGCCGCCGACCAGGAGAAGAUAGAGGCCUCCAAGAACGAGCUUCACAACCUGCUGGACAAGCCGCAGCUCCAGGGCAUCCCGGUCCUAGUCCUGGGGAACAAGCGAGACCUCCCCGGUGCCUUGGAUGAGAAGGAGCUCAUCGAGAAGAUGAACCUUUCCGCCAUCCAGGACCGAGAGAUCUGCUGCUACUCCAUCUCCUGCAAAGAAAAGGACAACAUCGACAUCACCCUACAGUGGCUUAUUCAGCACUCGAAGUCCAGGAGAAGCUGAGAUCCCGCAGGCUGCAGCUCGGGUCGGGAAGAUGCCAUUGUACAAGCCCAUGCCCCCCCCCCCUUCCUUCUCCUGCUCUGUCCCUCCAGCUCUCUCUCUAGAUGGGUAUUUUUAGGGGACCCCAAACUCCGCUCGCAUUGAGGCGGAGCCCUUGUUUUUAUUGUAAAGAACAUGUCCGACUCUGCCCUCCUCUCCUCUCCUCUCUCUGUCUCUUCCUCCCGUUUUGGCACUGUUCUGUUGUUGUCUGUGUAUACAGUAUAUAUAUAUAUGUA